CUGCGGGAGGUGAGCGCGGUGCGGCCGGGCUCUGCGGCUUGGAUUUGCCGCGGGAAGGGGGACGAAGCUUGAGCUCCGCGCGUUUGGUGCAGGGCAGCGCGGGGUGGUCCCCGUAUGCCGCUGCCUGUCCCGGCCCUGCUCCGCCCGCCUCUCCACCGCGUCCGUGCCUUGAGCCGCCCGCCCGUACGCGCCCUCAUGAACCUCCGGGAGCUCGUUUCUGCCCUGAAUGACUUCGCGUCCCCCGCUCUGGCUGAAAGCUGGGACAAUGUGGGAUUGCUGGUGGAACCAAGUCCUCCCCACACUGUGAACACCCUUUUCCUCACUAACGACCUCACUGAGGAAGUGAUGGAAGAAGCAGUGCAGAAGAAAGCAGACCUCGUUCUUUCUUACCACCCUCCUAUUUUCACACCACUCAAGCGAGUAACGUGGAAAACCUGGAAGGAACGGCUGGUGGUCCGAGCCCUGGAGAACAGGAUCGGGAUUUAUUCUCCGCAUACGGCGUACGAUGCCAUACCUCAUGGAGUUAAUAACUGGCUAACAAAGGGACUCGGCGCCUGUACUUCUGUCCCACUGCAUCCAUCAACUGCGCCGAGCUCUCCAGCUGAGGCCACUCACCGGGUAGAGUUCUGUGCAGAUGCCGAGCAUCUGGAUGCAGUGCUGUCCAAAAUCAAAGACAUCCCAGAGGUCUCUUGUCUCACUACUCUCCCAGCCAGGGUUGAAGGUGAGGAACAAACACGAGUCAGUUUGAACUGCUCUCAGAAAGCACUGCUGGAGGUGGUGGCAUUAUUGUCCCAGAACAGCCUUCUUUAUCACAACACAGAGAUUCUCUUACUACAAAAGCCUCUUCUUCCCCAUACUGGAAUGGGACGCCUGUGCACCCUGAGCGAGCCGGUCUCCUUGUCAGACAUCAUCGCGCGUCUCAAAGGUCACCUGCAGCUGCCCCACGUCCGCGUAGCCCUGGGAGCGGGCAGGACGCUCGAAUCACCAGUGAAGAAAGCUGCUCUUUGUGCUGGCUCUGGGAGCAGUGUCCUGAAGGGAACGGAAGCUGACCUCUAUCUCACAGGAGAGAUGUCCCACCAUGAUGUGCUGGAUGCAGUUGCCAAUGGGAUAAGCGUUAUUCUGUGUGAGCACAGUAAUACUGAGCGAGGCUUCCUGUCAGAGCUGCGUGACGCACUCGCUGUCCACCUACAGAACAAAAUCAACAUCAUUGUGUCCGAGAAAGACAGAGAUCCUCUCCAGGUGGCAUAAGGCAAAGAAUUGGAGAGAGAGAGAGAGACAAUUCAGUCAAUAGUGUUGUCUUGCACAGACCUGUCCAACUGCAGAGCUUAAUGAAGAUGCUUUCAAUUGGUCCAGUAUGGAAUGAUUGUAUUAUAUGGUCCCUCAAAGUCUGGCGUAUGUUUUGUCAUGUCAGAAGAAUAAAUGUUUUGGAAUACCAAA